CAAAGACAGGGUCAGGGACAAGGCCAGGGAAGUGGUCAGGGACAAGGACAGGGUCAGGGACAAGGCCAGGGAAGCGGUCAGGGGCAGGGACAGGGUCAGGGACAAGGCCAGGGAAGCGGUCAGGGACAAGGACAGGGUCAGGGACAAGGCCAGGGAAGCGGUCAGGGACAAGGACAGGGUCAGGGACAAGGCCAGGGAAGGGGUCAGGGACAAGGCCAGGGAAGGGGUCAGGGACAAGGACAGGGUCAGGGACAGGGCCAGGGAAGUGGUCAGGGACAGGGCCAGGGAAGCGGUCAGGGACAAGGACAGGGUCAGGGACAAGGCCAGGGAAGCGGUCAGGGGCAAGGACAGGGUCAGGGACAAGGCCAGGGAAGCGGUCAGGGGCAAGGACAGGGUCAGGGACAAGGCCAGGGAAGCGGUCAGGGGCAAGGACAGGGUCAGCGACAAGGCCAGGGAAGCGGUCAGGGGCAAGGACAGGGUCAGGGACAAGGCCAGGGAAGCGGUCAGGGACAAGGACAGGGUCAGGGACAAGGCCAGGGAAGCGGUCAGGGACAAGGACAGGGUCAGGGACAAGGCCAGGGAAGCGGUCAGGGACAAGGACAGGGUCAGGCACAAGGCCAGGGAAGGGGUCAGGGACAAGGCCAGAGAAGCGGUCAGGGACAAUGCCAGGGUCAGGGACAAGAUCAGGGAAGCGGUCAGGGACAAGGCCAGGGACAGGGUCAGGGACAAGGCCAGGGAAGCGGUCAGGGACAGGGUCAGGGACAAGGCCAGGGAAGCGGUCAGGGAAAAGGACAUGGUCAGGGUCAGGGACAAGGUCAGGGUCAGGGACAAGGACAAGGACAGGGCCAGGGAAGCGGACAGGGUCAGGAACAGGGACAAGGACAGGGACAGGGCCAGGGAAGCGGUCAGGGACAAGGACAGGGACAGGGCCAGGGAAGCGGCCAGGGUCAGGGACAAGGCCAGGGUCAGGGACAGGGCCAGGGUCAGGGACAGGGACAAGGCCAGGGUCAGGGACAGGGCCAGGGACAGGGUCAGGGACAGGGCCAGGGAAGCGGUCAGGGACAAGGACAGGGCCAGGGAAGCGGUCAGGGACAGGGUCAGGGCCAGGGCCAGGGAAGCGGUCAGGGACAGGGUCAGGGCCAGGGCCAGGGAAGCGGUCAGAGACAGGGACAGGGCCAGGGAAGCGGUCAGGGACAGGGUCAGGGACAGGGCCAGGGAAGCGGUCAGGGACAAGGCCAGGGUCAGGGACAGGGCCAGGGAAGCGGUCAGGGACAAGGCCAGGGUCAGGGACAGGGCCAGGGAAGCGGUCAGGGACAAGGCCAGGGUCAGGGACAGGGCCAGGGAAGCGGUCAGGGACAAGGCCAGGGUCAGGGACAGGGCCAGGGAAGCGGUCAGGGACAAGGCCAGGGUCAGGGACAGGGCCAGGGAAGCGGUCAGGGACAAGGCCAGGGUCAGGGACAGGGCCAGGGAAGCGGUCAGGGACAGGGCCAGGGAAGCGGUCAGGGACAGGGCCAGGGUCAGGGACAGGGCCAGGGAAGCGGCCAGGGUCAGGGACAAGGCCAGGGAAGCGGUCAGGGACAAGGUCAGGGACAGGGCCAGGGACAAGGUCAGGGACAGGGCCAGGGAAGCGGCCAGGGAAGCGGUCGGGGACAGGGUCAGGGACAAGGCCAGGGACAAGGCCAGGGUCAGGGACAAGGCCAGGGAAGCGGUCAGGGACAAGGCCAGGGAAGCGGUCAGGGACAAGGCCAGGGAAGCGGUCAGGGACAAGGCCAGGGAAGCGGUCAGGGACAGGGCCAGGGAAGCGGUCAGGGCCAGGGACAAGGCCAGGGACAGGGCCAGGGAAGCGGUCAGGGACAGGGCCAGGGAAGCGGUCAGGGACGGGGACAGGGUCAAGGCCAGGGAAGCGGCCAGGGACGCGGUCAGGGAAGGGCACAGGGCCAGGGAAGCGGCCAGGGCAGGGGACACGGUCAGGGAAGCGGUCAGGGA